CAAUACCAUUGUCUCAUCUUUUUCCAAAGACCCAAGAAAGGUAGAGAUCAAGAAAACCAGGACAAAUAGUGAAAUAGAGAGUGAAUUUCUUUUUCUAGUUUUCCAAAGGAGGAGAAGUGUGGGGGAAAUGGGCAGGCCACCUUGUUGUGAUAAAGAGGGAGUGAAGAAAGGACCAUGGACUCCUGAGGAAGAUAUAAUGUUGGUUUCUUAUAUCCAAGAACAUGGUGCUGGGAAUUGGAGGGCUGUUCCUUCUAAGACAGGGUUGCGUAGAUGCAGUAAGAGUUGCAGACUUAGAUGGACUAAUUACCUCAGGCCAGGUAUCAAGAGAGGCAGCUUCACAGAGGAUGAGGAGAAGAUGAUUAUCCAGCUCCAAGCCCUUUUAGGCAACAAAUGGGCUGCCAUAGCUUCUUACCUACCAGAGAGAACAGACAAUGACAUCAAAAAUUACUGGAACACCCAUCUGAGGAAGAAGCUCAAGAAACUCCAAGAAUUUCCUCUUUGUCAUUCAAACAUUGGGUUUUCAAGUUCCCACUCAAUCUCUAGGGGCCAGUGGGAGAAAAAGCUACAAACUGAUAUCAACAAGGCCAAACAAGCCCUAAAUGAUGCCUUGUCUUUGGACAAACCAAAACUCAUUAUACCUGAAUUGAAGCCCUCAAAUGGGUAUUUCUCCUAUUCUAAAACAACCCAAGGAUCUACCUAUGCAUCAAGCACUGAGAAUAUUGCCAGGUUGCUGAAAGGAUGGGUGAAGAAAACACCAAAGCUAGAACAAGUAAAUUCUUCAAGUGUGAAUGAGACCACCUCUAGUGAAGGGGAUCAAAGUGGUCCAAAGGAUGAGGGUGUUGAUUUAUCUGAGGCGUUCGAAUCGAUCUUCGGUUUUGAGUCUUUUGAAUCAUCAAAUUCUGAAUUUUCACAGUCUAUGUCCCCUGAGGCCAGUCCUUUUCAAGAUGAAAGAAAGCCAGAUGUGGGUGAUCAAUUCCCGUUGUCAAUGCUUGAGAAUUGGCUGUUUGAUGAAGGUGGUUUGGUGCAAGGGAAAGAAGAAUUGGCUGACUUCUCAUUUGAUAUUAACGCAGAGUUGUUUGUCUAGACUGGAUUAUUGUACUGAAUUUGUAAUUCAUUCUAUCUUUUGUUGUUUUCUACUAUCUUCUUGUUUUUUUGGGUCUAGGCCUUGACAUUUUAAGAGUUUUUUUUUUUAGUGGACUCGUAGCUAGGAAUUGAUUGUUACCCAUUUGUUGGUGCUGUGAAUUUCGAAUAUUGUUAAUUAAGCUUACCCACUUAAUUAUA